UCCGCAAGUGACGUCGACACCUAAUCUCAUCCCACCUUCUCCUCCCCCACCUCCUUCUAUCUAUCCAUCUUCUUCCUCCGCCCCCACGCAGGCCGGCGCGACCCAGCUCCCGCAAUCUCCCCGAUCGUUUCUCGCCGCCCCCUCGCUCGAUUCUCGGAGGCCAGCGAACCCUGGGCGGCGGCGCGCGUGCGGAUUGGAUUCCUUCCCAGUACCGUGAGUUCUUCAACCAGAACUGUCUGCAACAGAUAGCAUCCUGAUUGCUAUGGAAGGUGGGGGAAUGGACCAGGUUUGCAUGGCUGCCAUGACCAACCAACCUUCAGUAUCUGAUAACAAGCUGAUGAAGAACAUCAGCGGGGAGAUGCCUGCAACAGCAACUGCUGGAAGCGGCUCCUUUGACUGCAACAUCUGCCUCGACUUCGCUGCAGAUCCGGUCGUUACCCUUUGUGGCCAUCUCUACUGCUGGCCUUGCAUCUACGAGUGGCUGCGGCCAUCGGUGGUAUCAGCUACCAGCGGCAACAGCACUUCAGCAAGGCAGCAGUGCCCCGUGUGCAAGGCCGCACUAUCUGCUGACAGCCUUGUGCCACUCUAUGGCCGUGGUGGUAGCUCAAAGAAAUCAUUGGAUGGUACGGCCAUUCCUAGACGGCCAACGGUGCACCGGGAGAAUGUUGCGCAGCAGCACGCGCAGACCAGCAUCGAUGACCUGCACCACCAGAACAUGGAGCCCAGCCCUCCGCUCCGGCCACUGCGGCAUGCACACCACCACCACCACCCUGGUGCCACCGAGUUCGACUUUGUGUACCCUCCUUCACCAAUGGGGCGUGGCUUGAUCCAUUCCACGGCUGGAGGGGUGCUAGGAGGGAUGGCGGAGGCGGUGCUUCCGUGGGCGUUUCGUGGGCAGGUGCCGCCGAGCAUGUACUACACAAGCCCCUACGCUGUCGCGGACCACACUGUGGGUCCCCGGCUAAGGAGGCAGCAGAUGGAGGUGGAGAGGUCCCUGCACCAGAUCUGGUUCUUCCUCUUUGUGUUUGUGGUGUUGUGUCUGCUCUUGUUCUGAAGAAAGACUAGAGGGGCCCUUGUGAAGAGGCGGUAUACGGCUUGUGUAUAUAUUGGAAGGCAUGAUAUACUGCUUCUCGAGGAAAAAGAAGGCAAGAUACUGAUGAAUGGGUGUUGCUUAUAUAGUGAUGAAGAGAGGGUAAGGAAUGGUUGAUGCUGUUAAGUGUUAACGGUCUCUAUCAAUAAGCAUGCGGGUAAAUCAUGCUUGUAAUAUGAAGACUUGGAGGUGAAAUGCAAUUCUCAUUCUUGUCUUGCCUAA